AUGAAAUUAGAUACUCAUGGAAUCGCUCUUUUCCAGGUGAAAAAGUCCUCCAAAGCUCCAAAUCACACCAUUGAUGUUGAUCAAUCAGGCACUGACGACACUUCUGACCACGAAUAUCGGUAUCGCACACGUUCUGGCCGUCGACCACCACCAUCACCGGCCUACCCGGCUCUUGAUGACUUAUCCUACGCCGAGGAGGGACGCCAAGAUGUGAACUCAUACCCUCGCCCUAAGAUCUCGCCUUUCCUACAGCUGCCUCCGGAACGCAAUCUAUCAGAGAAAGACAAUGCGCCUACCCCGGUCUUCAAUCCGUACAACCCAUGUCCCAAACGCAGGAGGUACGUUCAGCUCCAAGGAGGAAAUCAAACGUAUGCUGCCCCGGGGCUCGAUCACCGUGAUAGACAUGGACCGGACCCUUCUGACUGGCGUUUCACACCUGCUUCAAUUCCUUUUUGUCCGACUCGUGCCGAAACCUCAAACCCACCUUCCCAGAUCCAGACCCAGCUAGCUCCGUCCUACGGCUAUGAUACCUUUCAACAACCGCCUGUUUUCCAACAACCGUCCGUUUUCCACAACACCAACACAUCUCAGUCGGACUUUGCCCGGCCCUACGCAUAUCAGCCGCCGGCGACGCACUUCGAUUAUUCCCCUCGCAGAUUUACCGAUCAUACCUAUACUCCACAUCUGAAUCCUCAUCAACCCUCAGGUCCUGCAGCCUGUCCAAAACCAGAGGUCCCAAGUGGCCCUAAGCCAUUUGACUAUUCCCAAUAUUGGAACACUAGGCCGACCCAAUCACAAAAACAAAACGUUUCAUUCAGUCAGGGAUCAGCCGUGCCAUCGCAGAAGGAUUCCAGCGGUUUCAAUUUUUCUUGCCCCUCAGUCGGGCAGGAAAAGCCGCCACCCCCUCCGCCUAAUCGCGCCCAGGAGAAAGUGCAGUCACUGCCACGAUUCAGCACACAAUCCUGCCCAUUUGGUACCCAGGAAAAGGCGCCGCCCCCGCCUAAGUACGGCCAGUCUAGUUCCCUGAACUUGCCACCUGCUCGAUUUGGCCAAUUUUCCUCUGUCACAACUUUCAAACCGUCGACUGUUGAGCCCACACGAAAUAAUCCUUUCAUGCCGGAUGCGUCUUCGUGGGACCCAAAGCCGCCACCAGUUCCUCCUAAAUCAGACGUUUCAACUAACCUAUGGGGUUCGAAACCUUCGACAUUUCAAUCCUUCCAAUCCUCAACCGGAUCAACAUCAACCCUUACGUCCUUUUCCACUCCAAAGCCGCCAACAACGUCCUUUGCCACUCCAAAGCCGCCUCCUCAGCAUCCUCAGCACACCAGUUACAGGGCUGAAUGUAAGUCUCAGAAAACAUCACCAGCUUAUAACUUUAAAGUUCCUUCUCCACCCACUUCCCCCACUCUGGCUGCUCCUGGAGAUUCCAACAUGGAUGAUCUCUGUAAUGCGAUAUCUCGUCUCAAGAUCAUUCGCCCGGUUGUCCCAAUCCCUCGAAAAAAUAGUGGCCCAAACAGCAAAAAAGUCCGAUUUGCUGAUGUCUCUCUCAUGAAUGCAAUCCUAGCCGAGUUUCUCGGGGAGGCAGCCGGCCAUCAGAUUGAUCCUCAGCUGUUUUCUGGCCAAACUGCACACAUCCCUUCAUCGACUGCUCCCUCGACUGCUGCCGCUCUUUCAUCGACCGUCGCCGCUCUGCCAUCGACUGCUGCCGCUCCUGCAUUGACUACUGCAACCCCUUUACCGACGAUAUCAACUACCGUUGCUCCUGCUGCCCUUCCUGCACCAAGUCUGACGACUGUCGCCCUUCCGGCACCAACUUUAACUGCUGGCCCUCCGACUCCUGCAUCAGUUCAGCCUCGCCCUCCAGGAGGAACACCACAACCAUCAGUUCAGCCUCGCCCUCCAGGAGGAACACCACAACCACCCAUACCAAAUUUAACCAUCGCCAGAUCAAAUUUAACCAUUGCCAGUUCAUCCAACCUUACCCCUAAUGAACCUACAUCCAAACCAUCCAAAGAGGAUGGUGAGACUCCACCAUCUGAAAAAGAAAAGUCAAGUUAG